AUGUCAUCCUUCAUCGUCAAGCUCUGGGAAGACAUCUUCACCCCAGGCCCAACACCCACCAUCCUCAAGGCAGCCAACGCCUCCUUCGCCGCUCUCCAGUUCGUCCUCUUCUGCCUUCUGCUGGCCACAUACAACAUCCACUGCGUCAUCCUGUCCAUCCUUUGCGGCGGUCUGUGGUGGAGCGUGAAUUGGUUCGCUGCCGAGCUGGCUAUCGCGCAGCGUGAGCAGCGUGAAAAAGAAGAGAAGGAAAAGCAACUGAACAAGGAAGCACUGGGAAAUGGCGACAACGACGAUAGCGAAACAGAGGUCGAGACACCGGCUCCGAAUAAGGCGCCUCCCGUAGUCUCCGAUGCUGCUGCAACUUCCCAAGUAGUCGCCGCCGCCGCUGGACUCGAGCCCCUCGAGUCAAAGGGUGAGGUGAAGCAGCGUGGUGGUACAACAGGGACGCAAUCGAGCGUUAGCACUGAGGAUGAGUGGGAGAAGGUUUCGGAGGCCGAGAACGAGAAGGACAAAUAA